AUCACAAAUAUGCUUCGUUUAAAAGCUAUAUAUCCAUUCUUCUGGAGACUAUUUCAAUUUCGACCCUCAAGUUGUGAACUGUUAAUUAGCCAGAUGGAUAAGUGUACGAAUGAAGAACAAAUAUUUGAUCUUAUUGAAAGAAACAAAGAAACACUUUCAGAAAAGCAAGUGGGAUAUGCAUUUAAUAUACUUUGGAAAUUUCAAAAGCAGAAUAUCAACUUGUUAAAAAAUGUUGACUAUGUCAAAGACCAUCCCCAAUUCCUUACUCUUCGUAAUUUAACUACAGAUAAACUAGAAAUAAUGAAUGACAGUACCCUGGUGGAAGUGUUGUAUAUAAUGCUACAGUUUGCUGUUGAGGCCCAUGACCCUCUAGUUGAAGCCCUAGUUAUAGAAGCAUGGAGGAGAUUGGAAAGGUUUGAUAUAACUGUGCUGUCAAAAUUUUCCUCUUGCCUAGCAGAUCAACAUUUGCAAUUUAGUCCACUAAUGGGAAAAAUAGCUGAUAUUGUAAAUAGGAAGUUGGAAACCAUACAGGAUUUAAGGUCCUUGUCUGUCUUGAUGGUCAGCACAUCUUCUUUAAUAUCACAACAUUUUCGAGAAAAGCUAGUAACCAAAACAGAACUUCUUUUUGACACUAUAGAUUCUUCCAAGGUCAACAUUUCAAGAAGAAUAGUACAGUUUCUUCGGAAUGUUAAAUAUAGUCAUUACCCACUAUUAGAAAAGUGCAAUAAAGUAUUUUUAAGCAAUAUGAAUCACCUUGAUUUGGAUUCCAUCGGUAAAAUACUUAGUCUAUAUCAGUCUCUACAGUUUCAUAGUUUUGAGUUUUCUAGGAUGGCCAAAAGGAAACUAACUGAAAUGAUUCCAUUGUAUGAUGACCCUGCUAGCUUUGUGAAAUUGUUUGUUGCCCUGGGACCCAUGGCAGUACCUGAAGAAAAGGAACAACUUGAAUCAACCCUGUUGUUGAUGUCAGAGGAGCUAAACAGCCAACAAGCCCUGGCAGUGCUGGGAGCAAUGGAAGAUAUGGAAAAUAGAAAUUCACGCCUGAUUAAAAAAAUUGCUUCAGUUGUGUAUAAACACUUGGAUAGUUAUAAACCACUAGACUUAUUGAAGAUAAUUCAAGCACUGAUUUUUCUGCGUUUUCAAAGUAAAGACAUUUUCGGGAAACUCAGAGAAUUACUGCUUAGUUAUUUGAAGACUAGUAUCAUGCCUACUGAGACCUCCAUGCUGGUCUGUGCUAUUUCCAUGCUUCCUUUGCCUCAUUUCGAUGAAGCAGUGAUUUCCCGAAUAGAAGCAGUUAUGACACAGUGUGACCUCAGCAAUCUGAAUAAUCUUGCCCUCUCUGUUUUAAGAUGGAUUCAGAAUGAUCACAGGUAUUCGAAUAGCAUUAACGGGAGACAACUGAAACUGCUUCAAAACUUAGAUCACUAUGGACGUCUUAGGCUGCAAGAAAGUAACAAUUUGAAUCUGUUAUGGGAGGAACUUAAAUCUAUAAAAGGAGACUGGUUCCUGGAGUCACUUCUUGAAGAAACAAUGGCAGCUUUACAGCGGAUGGUGAAUGACAUUAAUUUCACAAAUGUCGCGGGGAUCGCGUCUUUCAUUUCUAGAACUAACUACCUCAAUACUGUGCUACUUGAUAGGAUAGCUUCAGUGGUCCUUCAACAGAUUGAAAAGCUCCAUCCGUUUUCCAUCCUGGCAAUUAUUCUUCCAUUCAGCACCUUAAACUAUGAUCCUCCUCAAAGGGAUGAGUUCUUGGGAACUUGCAUUCAACAUCUUCAUUCUCACCUAAGUACAUUGGAUCCUCUCAUGUUAGUGUUUCUUAGUUUCUCUUUGUCUAUCCUGGAAUACUUUCCAGAAGAUCUGAUCAAGACAAUAUUUGACAUCAAAUUCUUAUCCAAAUUAGAUUCUCAACUUGAACUUUUACCUUCAUCUCUAAAUACAAGGGUCCAGCUUCGUCUUAUGGAGUUAAAUAGAGCAGUCUGCUUGGAAUGCCCUGAGUUUCAGAUUCCAUGGUUUCAUGACCGUUUCUGUCAACAACUGUAUAAUAGAGAUUUUGGAAGCAUGAGUGGAGUACAACAGCACAUGUAUAAAAUGCUAGCAGAAAUACUAGGAGGAAUCGAUUGUGUCAAAGCCUCAGUUCUAACACCUUAUUACCACUUACUAGAUUUUGAGUGUGUCUUAGAUAAGAGAAAAAAGCCUCUUCCCUAUGUAAGCCAUAAAAAUUUGGGAAAAGAGCCAGAUGUGCACUGGAAAUCAAACAUCCAAAUAGCUGGAUCAAGGCUUCCACCAGGAGUUGAAAGGAUUGCUUUGCAGUUUUUGGAUUCAAAAGCUUUUUGUAGAAACAUCCCUCACUUAAAGGGAAUAUCAGCCAUGAAAAAACGACACUUGGAAAUUUUGGGCUAUCGUGUAAUUCAGAUUCCACAUUUUGAAUGGAACUCGAUGGCACUAUCAACAAAGGAUGCUCAGAUGGACUAUCUGAGAGAACGUAUAUUCCUAGAAGGCAAAUCAUGA